GUGAGCACCUGCUUCACUCCUACAUCCUCAAGGCCUGGAAUAGUUCCGCGCCGUAUUCACCGUCCGAUCUAGGGCGUCCACGAUUUGCCUCAAUAUAUGUUCGCCGUCCAUUUACAUCUUCCUUCUUCACUCGCUUCAGCCGGAAAACCAGCUAAUCGAGAGCUACCCACAUUGUGAAAAUGGUGCAGCGGCUGGUCUAUCGGUCAAGGCAUAGCUAUGCCACUAAGUCUAAUCAGAAUCGGGUCGUCAAAACACCUGGUGGGAAGCUUGUGUACCAGAACACAAAGAAGAGGGCUAGUGGUCCUAAGUGCCCUGUAACCGGAAAGAGAAUCCAAGGAAUUCCUCACUUGAGACCUGCUGAAUACAAGAGGUCAAGAUUGCCCAGAUGCCGUAGGACUGUAAACCGUGCCUAUGGUGGAGUGCUUUCGGGCAGUGCUGUUCGUGAAAGGAUCAUAAGAGCCUUUUUGGUUGAAGAACAAAAGAUUGUGAAAAAGGUUUUGAAGAUUCAGAAAGCCAAAGAAAAGCAAGCUUCUAAAGCAUAAGUUGUGGGUUAGUUUGUGCAAGAUAUGAUAUGCUUCGAGAUUGAUUUUGGAUUAUAUCUUAGCAUUAAUUAAUGAGAGGAUUAAUGAACUGUAUGUUCUCAAGUUUUUGUUUUGGAGAUAUUCAGAUUUAUAUUUUCUUGAUCUUUUGUUGAAUGUUUAUCGCACACUUUUAUGCUAAGCUUUUUUUGUUAAUGUUUUCAGUGUUACUGGAGUUUAUUCAUAUUACAAAUCCCCCAUUCUCAAAACAAGUCUUUCACAAAGAUAACAUUAAUCAAUUUCUUAAAUGAUUUUUGCGUGUUACAUUUCUCAGCAGUCAGUAGUAGUAAUGUCUAGGAUAUAAAUAUAUGUUGUACAUAUUACAUUUUAUAAUGUCUACAAUUUCUG